AUGGCUCAAGAAGCGUGGUCCGACAUCUGUGUCCAAUGCGUGGAGCUGCUGGCUAAUGUUCCGCUCUCCGUCCUGCUCGUCACCUUUGCCGCAACCUUCACUGGAUUCCUUGUGCUGGUCUACGCUACCCUUUACGCGGUCGCACCUGUACCACGGAAGCCAUAUCCCGAAGAAAAACGAUAUCGAACCCUGACUAAAGAUGGAGCGAUCACGGAACCUCAAGAACUACCUUGCUGGCAGGAUACUCUGAACGCCAAGAAGCGUGCCGGUCGGAUCCUCGACGAUCCGUCCGUGGAAGAGCCGGAGCUAUUCCUUUCCCUGGUCGUGCCCGCCUACAACGAAGAAGAUCGUCUGGGGGGCAUGCUGGAAGAGGCUGUGAACUAUCUGGAACGGAUGUAUGGCACGGUGACCAGCUCCACCCCGAAUGGCGCGGGCUCUGGUGUAGCGGAGGAGACUCUCCGUCAACGCAAGCUGGCGAACGGGCAUGCCAAUGGCAGUGCGACGUAUCGCCCCGUGCACGACAACAAGGGCUGGGAGAUCAUCAUCGUCUCCGACGGGUCCAAGGAUAAAACGGAAGAGACGGCGUUCACGUUUGCUCGCGAUCAUCAGCUCUCGCUGCAUCCAAAGGGUUACUCUGGGCCCUGGACCCCGGGCACGCAAGAGGGUGUCCAUAUUCCGCCCGGGACGAUUCGAGUGGUGACCCUGACUGAGAACAGAGGUAAGGGCGGCGCUGUGACCCAUGGCAUGAGACACGUUCGUGGCCAGUAUGUGGUAUUCGCGGAUGCCGAUGGAGCCAGUAAGUUCGAGGAUCUCGGUAAGCUGGUCGCGGCCUGUCAAGGGGUCGAGGAUGCUCAGGGUCGCGGUGUGGCUGUGGGCUCCCGCGCCCACAUGGUUGGAAGUGAGGCGGUGGUCAAGCGAUCCAAAUUGCGCAAUUUCCUCAUGCACUCGUUCCAUUUCAUUCUCCGGCUGUUGACUCCCUCCAAAACCGCCACCAUCAAAGACACCCAGUGCGGAUUUAAGCUUUUCACGCGAGCCUCCCUGCCCUACAUCAUCCCGUUCAUGCAUUCCGAAGGAUGGAUUUUCGAUGUGGAAAUGCUCAUGCUGGCCGAGUUCGCUGGCAUUCCAGUGGCUGAGGUGCCGGUGGGCUGGAGAGAGGUCAUGGGAAGUAAAUUGAAUGUGGUUCGAGAUAGUGUCGGCAUGGCCUGGGGAUUGGCUGUUUUGCGGGCCGCGUGGUUGCUCGGCAUUUACCAGCGCACCUGA